AUGUUUUUCUCUUCACUACACACACUCACAUUCCCACUCAAUAGUAUAUAAUCUCUGUUUCAACUUUCUAUCUUCCUAUGAUGGCUAGCUCCACCGUCUUGUUUACACUAGUCGCCGCAUUGUUCGUAACCUCCGUCGUGGCUCAGUCCCCGGCGUCCUCCCCAGCCCUGUCUCCAAAGCGCACCCCCGUGCUGGCCACGCCGCAGAAGUCUCCUUCGCCGGCGAUUUCUCCUUCCGCCGUGUCACCGUCAUCCUCUCCUCCUGCUCCGACGGUGAACGCUCCGUCUCCUUCGCCUACCUCCGUCGACUCUCCGCCAUCUCCUCCGUUGUCUCCCUCCGAUUCGCCGGCCGGUGUUCCCUCCGUCACUCCCUCAGCAAUCUCCUCUCCGCCGUCUGAAGCACCAGCUCCCUCUCAAAACGGCGCCGCUUUGAACAGAUUCACUGUCGCUGGAUCUGCUGCUGUUGUCGUUUUCGCUGCUGCUUUGCUUAUGUAGAGACUAGAGAGGGUUUCGUGGAGUUUUUUUAUUUAUUAUUAUCAUCGUUCCGAAUUUACGCGGAUCGUGAAUUCUAGUAAUUCAUUUUUGGUUGCUUUUUUUUUUAUGCUGUGUGAGGAUUCAUUCUUUCCAUUAUUUUGUCUAUUGUAUUUAAGAUGAUGAUAAUGAUGAUGAAUGAUACUGCAUUUUUAUUA